AUUCAACUUCAAACGGGCAAACCGCGCGUUCGCUAUAUCGCUUGAUUUUGAUUUUUCGUCUUUGAUCUCGAAAUUAUCACAAAACAACCAUAAUAAUCAUAAUCAUCAUCGACAAACGCGGUAAUCAUUAAUUUUUGUGCGUACCAUUUAUUUAUUGAGUGUCAGGUGGGGGGGGCGAGUAUGAAAUUCUGUUUGCUGUGUUUUGCGUCCAAUAUACAAAAUAAUUAAGUAAAAAUACAAUCACGCGCUUACAACAAUUAAGUAACAAAAAAUAAAAGUAACAGUUAUUAAUUAAAGGCGACAAGCUUUAAGUGAAGUUCAGAAGCCAACAGAGCGGAAAUCACUGGAAGAAAUCUCCAUUUAUUUUAAUGUGUAACAAAAUAAGCACUCCACGAACAUUCAAUAACAAUUACAAAUCGAAAGAAAAUUUCAACACUCAAACAACAACAACAAUAAAAACAGCGAACGACUUGUCGCUGAUAGGAGGCAAGUUAAAUCCAUAAAGCGCCGCAUCAGCUGCAAUUGUGCGAUAAGCUGUCUUUUGCCGUGGCUAUAGUGGAAGCAACGCCUCAAGCUGACGCCGACACCGACUAAGAUGUCAACGGAGCGGGAGCUGGCGGGGGGCCCAGCUCAGCUCCAUACGCUGCCGUUGACAUUUCCACCCGAUUUGGGCACAGCACUGCAACUGAACACAGCCGUGGGCAUUAUUGGCAAGGUUUAUGAGUCACAGUGGACAACCCCCUCGCCCACGAGGCCUCAGAGCCCCUCUCAGGCGCAGACUAGCUUCGACACGCUCACAUCACCACCAACACCCGGUUCAUCGGUAAAUCCCACCGCCGUGACCAGUCCAAGUGCUCAGAAUGUUGCUGCGGGCGGUGCUACUGUGGGUGGUGCAGCAGCCGCUGCAGCGGCUCAGGCUGCCUCCGCCUUGGGCUCGACGGGCAGUGUGACGGCAGCGAUUGCAGCAGCUGCUGCAGCAUCGCCAACCACUCAACCGGAUAUGCCCGUGUUUACGUGCCCCCGUCGACCGAAUCUGGGCCGGGAGGGCAGACCGAUUGUGCUGCGUGCGAAUCACUUUCAGGUGACAAUGCCACGGGGCUAUGUGCAUCACUAUGACAUCAAUAUACAGCCGGAUAAGUGUCCGCGCAAGGUGAAUCGCGAGAUCAUUGAGACCAUGGUGCAUGCCUAUAGCAAGAUCUUUGGAGUGCUCAAGCCCGUCUUUGAUGGGCGAAAUAAUUUGUAUACCCGGGAUCCGUUGCCCAUUGGCAAUGAGCGGCUGGAGCUGGAGGUAACGCUGCCCGGCGAGGGCAAGGAUCGCAUCUUUCGGGUGACGAUCAAGUGGCAGGCUCAAGUCUCCCUCUUCAAUCUGGAGGAGGCGCUCGAGGGACGCACCCGUCAAAUACCCUACGAUGCCAUCUUGGCCCUCGAUGUUGUCAUGCGCCAUUUGCCCAGCAUGACGUAUACGCCGGUGGGACGCAGUUUCUUUAGCUCACCCGAUGGCUACUAUCAUCCCCUUGGCGGUGGUCGUGAGGUCUGGUUCGGUUUCCAUCAGAGCGUGAGACCCUCGCAAUGGAAAAUGAUGCUCAACAUUGAUGUUUCGGCCACUGCCUUCUACAAGGCUCAGCCCGUCAUUGAUUUUAUGUGCGAGGUGCUGGACAUUCGCGACAUCAACGAGCAGCGCAAGCCGCUCACCGAUUCGCAGCGCGUCAAGUUCACCAAGGAGAUUAAGGGACUCAAGAUCGAGAUUACACACUGUGGCCAGAUGCGUCGCAAGUAUCGUGUCUGCAAUGUGACCAGGCGACCAGCUCAAAUGCAAUCCUUCCCGCUGCAGCUGGAGAACGGUCAGACCGUGGAGUGCACCGUGGCCAAGUACUUUUUGGAUAAGUAUCGCAUGAAGUUGCGCUAUCCGCAUCUGCCCUGCCUGCAGGUGGGUCAGGAGCACAAGCACACCUAUCUGCCGCUCGAGGUGUGCAACAUUGUUGCCGGCCAGCGUUGCAUUAAAAAGCUGACCGAUAUGCAAACCUCAACGAUGAUUAAGGCCACGGCACGCUCUGCUCCGGAUCGUGAGCGCGAGAUUAAUAAUCUGGUGAAACGGGCUGAUUUCAAUAAUGAUUCAUAUGUGCAAGAAUUCGGCCUGACCAUUUCCAACUCGAUGAUGGAGGUGCGUGGACGAGUUCUGCCGCCACCCAAGCUUCAAUAUGGGGGACGUGUCUCGUCGGGCAUCACGGGACAACAGCUCUUUCCGCCACAGAACAAAGUGUCGCUGGCAUCGCCAAAUCAGGGCGUUUGGGAUAUGCGCGGCAAGCAAUUCUUCACCGGUGUCGAGAUACGCAUCUGGGCAAUUGCCUGCUUUGCGCCGCAGCGCACGGUGCGCGAGGAUGCAUUGCGUAAUUUCACCCAGCAGCUGCAAAAGAUCUCCAACGAUGCCGGCAUGCCAAUCAUUGGUCAGCCGUGCUUCUGCAAAUAUGCCACAGGACCGGAUCAGGUGGAGCCAAUGUUUCGUUAUCUGAAAAUCACCUUCCCCGGCCUACAACUCGUGGUCGUUGUGCUGCCUGGCAAGACGCCCGUCUAUGCGGAGGUGAAGCGUGUUGGUGACACGGUGCUGGGCAUGGCCACCCAAUGUGUCCAGGCGAAGAAUGUGAACAAGACAUCGCCACAGACCCUGUCCAAUCUCUGUCUGAAGAUCAAUGUGAAACUGGGCGGCAUUAAUUCCAUACUGGUGCCAUCGAUACGACCCAAGGUCUUCAAUGAGCCCGUCAUCUUCCUCGGUGCGGAUGUCACCCAUCCGCCAGCUGGUGAUAAUAAGAAGCCAUCGAUUGCUGCUGUUGUUGGUUCGAUGGAUGCGCAUCCAUCGCGUUAUGCGGCCACGGUGCGAGUGCAACAGCAUCGCCAGGAGAUCAUUCAGGAGCUGAGCAGCAUGGUGCGUGAAUUGCUCAUCAUGUUCUACAAAUCCACCGGUGGCUAUAAGCCACAUCGCAUCAUUCUCUAUCGUGAUGGUGUCUCUGAGGGUCAAUUUCCGCAUGUGUUGCAACAUGAACUGACCGCCAUACGCGAGGCAUGCAUCAAAUUGGAGCCAGAAUAUCGGCCGGGCAUUACCUUCAUUGUGGUGCAGAAGCGUCAUCAUACGCGUCUCUUCUGCGCAGAGAAGAAGGAGCAGAGCGGCAAAUCGGGCAAUAUUCCAGCUGGCACCACAGUCGAUGUGGGCAUCACACAUCCCACGGAAUUCGAUUUCUAUUUGUGCAGCCAUCAGGGCAUCCAGGGCACCAGUCGCCCCUCGCACUACCAUGUGCUCUGGGAUGACAAUCAUUUCGAUUCCGAUGAGCUGCAGUGCCUCACGUAUCAACUGUGCCACACUUAUGUCCGUUGCACGCGCUCCGUCAGCAUCCCGGCGCCGGCAUAUUAUGCCCAUUUGGUUGCCUUCCGCGCCAGAUACCAUCUGGUUGAGAAGGAGCAUGAUUCCGGCGAGGGUUCACAUCAGAGCGGCUCCUCCGAGGAUCGCACGCCCGGAGCAAUGGCCCGAGCCAUAACGGUUCAUGCCGACACCAAAAAGGUCAUGUACUUUGCCUAAAAAGUAUCCAAAAGCCACACCAAAAACACACAAACAAACAAACAAACAGCAAACAGCAGCAGUAACAAACAGCAAACAAACAACAAAAAAAGAACACUUAAUUUUCGGAGAAAUGUAUUCGAAUAAGCGAGUCGCCAACUCGAAAGAAAUCGAAAAGGAUAAAUUGGAAUAUAUUAUACGAAGAAGAAGAAGAAGACAAAGAGGAAGAAAAAGGCCAAGUCGGGAAUUAUUAGUGAUUAAGUUGAAAAUGAUGAUGAUGAUGAUGAUUAUUUUUAAGUUUAAAAGUUAGGUCAAGUCGCGAGUUAAAAAAGGCAACGCCAGAACAGCUCUUAUGGAACAGAUUUAUGCAUUAGCUUUUAAGGCCAAUGGAUAAAACACACACAAACACACACAAAACAAGCACACACACAACACACCCCAACACACCCACACACGCCAAAUUUUAGAAAAUUAGAAACAAAGGGAAUCGAAUGUUAAAAGCACAAGCAGGCGCAACAAAUGUGAAGAAGGAGAAUUCUCAAACAACAAAAUAUAAAUAAAAAAUCAACAACAAGCGUAGCGAAACAAAAAACUAAAGGGAACAAAACGAAAGUCAAGAAAAUCAACAACAACAACCGCAAGAAAGCAAAAAAAAAAAAGAAAAGCAAACAAACAUUUACGAUGAACUUUUUGUAAUAGAAUAAAUUAUAUUUUUACACAACAAAAAGAAGAAAAAAAGUGAAGACAAGAAAUGCAAACAACCAAAGGUUUUUAGUAUAUCAAAACAAGAACAUUUUUGCUGAUUAACUCAAAUACACAACACACACAAAACAUACACACACAACAAAUACAACAACCAAACAACAACUCGGAAUUCUCUGUACUGUGAACGAAGACCACCACCAAGCUUAUAAAACAAGUUUAAAAAUGACAAAAACAACAACAACAAGAAAAACCACAACAAUACGACAAGCAUUAAAGAGUGUAAUAAUAAUUAGCCAUCUACUAAAAAAACAAAAAUACUUCAAUACUACAACUCAAAAAAAUGUCCAGAAUUGUAAAAAGCUAACUUUUUAGUAGUCUUAAGUUUGGUAAAUACCAAAAAAAAAAAAAAACAACAAAAAAAAAGCAAAAAAAGAGUAAAACAAAAAACAAAAAUGAAAACUCCAAUUUCAACAAGGGACAAACUUUUGGUCAAACAAUUGCUAGUUAUAUUUAUAUAUACUUAUAUACAUGUAUGUGUAUAUAAUAUUUA